AAACGUUGAUAAACAUAGUAUCCUGCAUUUUGUAGAUAAAGCCAUUCAAAAGAAAAUAAACGAUAUGGAAAUUGUCUAUUAAAUUCUUAUAAGAAAUACUAAUAUGCGUAUUCUUUCCAGAUGAACACAUACAUAACUCCUUAUAACGUUUAAAAGGAAGUAAGAAGGAAAAGAAAAGGAAAAAACAUGUAGUAAAAAAUACAUUCUACAUGUGUACCUAUAUACAUUUCUAAUCCAAUGGAAAUUCCAACAAAAUCAUUUUUGCUAUCCAGAGGGCUGGACGAUUAAAGAAAGUGGAAACUCAACGAAAAAGAUCAACUUGACUAGAUACUCUUUGUCUUUUUGAAACUUCAUAACUAUUGUUCAUUUAGUUGUUGAUAGGAAGGUUACUGCUAUAUCUUCAGUAGCAUCAGAAUUAAAUGUCGUACUUCAUGGGAGAACCAUUUGAUGCAUAAACCAUUCGCAUCAAGUAGAACCAAAGGAAGACGCGGAUAUUAUUUAUUUUUUAUAGUAUAAUCUUUACGGCAGUAGCUGGUCGUUAUUAUAAGAGUACUAAGAAGCAAUUCAUAGAGAUGCGAAUGUCUGUGAUAUCAUGGAACUUUACGAAAUCAUCCUAAUCUUAUUUUAGUUUUUACAAAAUAAGUGUAACCUGUUAAAAAAAGUAUCGAAACUUCCCAUCUACUGCCUGCUGUCAGAGUGAUGAGUUUCACCUUCCGCGAACCACGAAUCGGCUGGUGUAUACGAAAGCCCCGUUUGUGUUAGAUUUUACGAUGAAUUCAUCAUGGAAUCCUUCUUUACUUCCUAAAACACCUCUUCCAGCCGGCCUUUUGCCUCCCGGCUAUAACUUUGAAGUCGAGAAGUUCAAUGUUACUGUAGUACGAUACAUCGCUGAAGGUGGUUUUUCACAUGUCUAUCUCGUAAAGGUGCGCGCGCCUGGCGUGGCUCCUUACGAAGCUGUGUUGAAACGGAUAUUCGCUGUAGAUGCUCUUGCUCUUAAGGCUGUCUAUGAAGAAGUGAAUACAAUGAAAUUGGUUUCAAAUGACAAACGAUGUGUUUCUUACUACGGAUCUGAAUUCUUCUCUGCUGGAAAGAGUCAGUUCGAAUCCCUUGUAUUAUUAGAAUACUGUUCUGGCGGUGGGUUAAUUGAUUUUAUGAAUAGUAGAUUGCAAAUUCGAUUAAGCGAGUCAGAAAUAUUAAAAAUUGCUUCUCAUGUUACUGAAGCGGUGGCUUCAAUGCAUUAUCUCCGUCCUCCGUUAAUACACAGAGAUUUAAAAAUUGAAAAUGUCUUAUUGGCAGCCCCUAAUUUUUAUAAGCUUUGUGAUUUUGGCAGUGCUUGUCAUCCAAUACCGAGUCCGAAAACACCAGCUGAAAUUCAACAAGUCGAAUAUAAUAUCGAAAAGUAUACAACCUGGCAAUACAGAUGUCCUGAAAUGCUUGAUCUACGUCGGGGUUUUGGAAUUGAUGAGAAAAGUGAUAUAUGGGCUUUGGGUAUUCUGUUUUAUAAAUUAUGCUAUUAUACUACUCCUUUUGAACAACAAGGUCCUCUUGCAAUUUUGAACGUGAACUACAUGUUCCCUCCUUUGCCUUCUUACUCUAGUCGCCUAAAACGCUUGAUAUCUGCUUUGCUGCAACCUAAUCCAUGGCAGAGGCCAAACAUUUAUCAAACGUUGGCUGAGAUUUGCAAUAUGCAGAAUAUACCUGUGCCUAUAAAAGAUAUCUACGGAGGGAAGAAUUCGUCAAACUGCAAUCCUUCAGGUUCUGAAUAUCUACAAAUGAUUUCGAACACACAAAGUAGUAGAUUGCAUCCUAGUCAGUCAAAUGGAGCGAUACAUACGAACCUACUGCACACACCACAUCAAGGUGUCCCCGUUGGCGCUGUCCCAAUGUCUUCUAAUUUGGGACCUGAUCCGGGGAAGCCACCUUUUGCUUUGACAAAGCCGAUGCAGCAUGGCUCAUCUGCAAUUAGUGCUUCAUCUAGACCUUUCCAACCCGCUUUUGGUAAGAAUGUUUCAUCCCCUCAUUAUAAUAAAGAUGCACAGCCAUCAGCUGCAAAGACAAAAACGCAGGAACUGACUAAGAUUAAAGCUGCUAAUCCUCCUAAAUCGACUUUGGAUAUAGCAGAUAAUGUCUUUUCUUCCACAUCCCGUAAUCCAACAGGAAAAGAACAAAGGGACUUAGACAAACUAACGUCGGCGGACACGGUUACGGCUCAAAAGUCUUCUGGGUCGGCGUCUUCACUACCGGUAUUAACAACACCUAGAUCCGACUCUCCAAACAAGGUCAAUUCACUUAUUAGUAAAUGGAAUAAUGCAGCACGCCCACAAUCUUUACCAAAUUUAGGAAACCGUCGGUCUGUACCACAGGUUCCUCGUAAACCUAAUUAUUUAAGUGGAAAUACUCAAUCUUCAAUGAGUUCGCCGACCCCGCGCGCUUCUAUAUCAGUAAACCACAUCACUAAACCCGAAAAACCAAGCAAGCCAUCUUUUGAAUCGAAUACUGAAUUGCGAAAUAAGGAUGCUCAUCUGGACUCGCCAAUUGAGUCUGACAAGUUCGUUGAGUCUCUGAGAAAUGAAAAAGAAAGCGAUCCGCCAUUUGUAAGUAUUGCAGACAGAAUGAAUCAAUUGCUAUCAGGAAAAGAAUAUCAAAAGACAUCCGUCGAAGGAUAUGGGAGGUACAUGGAUCGCAGUGCAAUCACUAAAUAAUGAAUUUUGUCAUGAUUUUUUAUUAGAAAGGAAAGAAAUAAAUAUAUUGUCAAUGUUUUAUGAAUAAAAUGUUUUUUAUUUUA